AUGGCAUCUCACAUAUCUUUCAUAGCCUCUGGAUUAUUAUUAGUAAUCAUUACUAUUGUUGUUCAAUCGGUUCCUAUUGAGAAAACUAAAGACAUCGGUCAACCAUCUUGGAUAAAAAAUAAACAGGUUGUCAAUCAUCAUCUGCACAAACUUAUUCAUUCGAUAAUAACUACAUCAAGCUCGACUAGUACUACAACAAAUCCAACGACUACAGUUUCUCAAAGCUCUUUAUCAACAUCGACCAUAACACCAGAAAUAACUGAUAAGAAAAAGAAACGUUAUAUUGAUGAUGAUGAUAAUGAUGAUGAUGCAUUGGGUCGACUUUUAGAUAAUGAAAGUUAUGAAAAUGAUGAAUUAGAUUCUUCUCAAUUACCUUAUUUUAAAUAUGAAAAUGUUGAUAAUAACAUCGGUCAUAAGUUUCAUACUAAAGUACAAGAAACAACAGCUAAAAUUCAUGACAAUGCAGAUAAACUAGUUGACACAGAUGAUUCAAAAGCUUUUUCUGAUAUUACAAUGACUCCAAGUGAAUUAACAGAUAUUGUACGUCGACGCCGUGAUGUUAAAUUAAAUGAUGAAUUAAAUACAAGACGUAAGCGAUCUAUAUCACCAUACAAUUUUUAUGAUACUGAUUCGUUUUACGACCCAUAUGUUGAUUUGAUCGAUGGGUAUCAAUAUAUUCGUCCAACUCGUUCAUUUGCUCCACUCUAUUGGUAUCCAAGUGUCUAUCAACGGAAUAUUCGUUCAGCUCUUGCACCAUCAUUCUAUGAAUCAUCAGAAUAUCCAAUGAUUAGCGAUAAUAAUGAAAAUGAUGACAGCCUGGUUCCAAUGUUUGACGAUGAUAUUGAAGAUGACAAUGAAUAUGAAAAAAACCGUUAUCCUAUUUUAUUAAAAUUAUCUAAUAGUCCAUUAGAUAAUAUAGAAUCACCAGAACAAUAUGAUAGAAAUAUUUUAUCGAUUGAUGAAGAUCUUGAAGAUAUAUUUAAUGAAAAUGAUAAGGAUGAUAACGACGAUGAUGAUGAUAAUGAUGAUGAUGAUGAUGAUGAUGAUGAAAGUGAUAAUGAAGCACAAUAUCGUUUAAUUUAUCAACGGAAACGCCCAUAUUAUGUAUAG